AUGGGCUCAACAGAGAAGAAGCAACUCAUCAUCAAUGCAUUUGCAAUGCAUUCGCCGAGCCACCUGAACCCAGGCCUCUUCCGCUACCCCACCGACAAAGGCGCAGACUAUAAAAACAUCAAGCACUGGAUGGCCCUAGCCCAAAAGCUCGAAAAAGCCAAAUUCCAUGCCAUCUUCUUCGCCGACGUCCUCGGCGGCUAUGAUGUAUACCGCGGACCUGAAAACCUGGACCCGACCAUCCCUGCCGGCGCCCAGUUCCCCAUCAACGACCCACUAUACAGCAUUCCCGCCAUGGCAGCCGUGACAGAGAGCAUCGGGUUCGGAGUCACGGCGUCAACGACAUAUGAAGCACCCUAUGCACUUGCACGACGCUUCUCAACAGUCGACCACCUAAGUAAUGGUCGCAUCGGCUGGAAUAUCGUGACAUCGUACCUGGAUUCAGCAGCGAGGAACUUCGGUCUUGAUACCCAGGUUGAGCAUGACGAGCGCUAUCGUAUUGCGGAUGAGUAUUUGGAUGUUACUUAUAAGCUCUGGGAAGCGUCGUGGAGAGAUGACGCGGUGGGCUGGAAGCAGAGUGAUGCAAAGCUCGAUGGUCCUGUGGAGGGUCAACGGUAUGCGGAUCCGCGCGGUGUUCGACAGAUCAAUCACAAGGGGAAAUACUUCCAGGUUCCUGGUCCUCAUCUCUGUGAGCCGAGUCCGCAGCGUACGCCAUUUUUGUUGCAGGCGGGGACUUCGUCGGCUGGGAAGGCCUUUGCGGCUAAACAUGCCGAGGCUGUCUUUCUUCAUGCGCAGAAGCCAGAGCUUGUGCGUCCUUCUGUCGAUAGUAUUCGGCAACAAGCUGCGGAUCUAGGAAGAAAUCCUGCCGAUAUCAAGGUUAUUGCUGGGGCGCUGGUCAUUGUUGCUGAGACGGAUGAGGCGGCGCAGGCGAAGUUUGAUGAGUUUAAGAAAUACGGGGAUACGGAGGGUGCCUUGGCUUUGUUUGGUGGGUGGACGGGGUAUGAUCUCUCGACGUAUACCGAUGAUCAGGACUUCCGAUUUGUGGAGCAGCCGGCGGUGCGGAGUAUGGUGAAUCACUGGGCAAGUACUGUGCCUGGAACAGAAGGCAAGAAGUGGGAUAAGAAGACUAUCGCAGAAUACCUCGUUCUUGGAGGAAAUGGCGUUAAGAUUAUUGGCAGCGUUCAGACUGUGGCCGAUGAGCUCGAGCGGUGGGUGGAUGUUGGCGAUGUUGAUGGCUUCAAUUUGAGCUAUGCUAGUCUCGAUGAGACUUUUGAUGAUAUUAUCAACCUCCUGCUUCCUGAGCUCCAACGACGUGGUCUGUUCUGGUCUGACUAUGCGGUGAAGGGUGGGACUUUCAGAGAGAACAUGUAUGGGAAGAAGGGCCAGUCAAGACUGCCUGAUGCUCAUCGAGGUGCGAAGUUCUUUUGGAAGCAGGGCGAAGGCGUACCGCCGUACUCCUUGGAGAAAUCAGGAUAA